UAUAAAUAAAAAUAACGAGUGAAAACAAAAAUACUAACAUUUUACAACGUAAAGUAUAUAACGUAAAGGCUCAAUAAAUAAAUUAUUACUUGAAAUUUUGGUCACGCUUGCGCUACCCGUUGCGCAGUGAUACCAUUUUCGCAUGCACCAGCCGCACCGCCGCACCAGCCGUUGGCGUGCGAAGAAUUUGUUUGUACCAAUCCAGUUGGCAUUGCUGGCUCCGAAGCUGGUGUCGUUGCACACUCUGAACCAUUUCCUACGUACUGUUCACGCGACGCCAACAUAUUGUAUACGCAGCAAUGUCUUGGAUUCACGAAACAAGAUUGACAUGGUUACAAGCGGCUGCCGUCCGUGUUCUGAAGACAGGCAAGAUACCUACGCACCUCGCCGUAAUCAUGGACGGAAACCGGCGAUUCGCAAAGAAGCAGAACAUGCAAUGUGUCGAAGGCCACUUGCAUGGGUUUGAGAAACUCUCCGAGGUCUUAUUUUGGUGCUCGGAGCUCGGAAUCACGGAAGUGACUGUGUACGCAUUCAGCAUUGAAAACUUCAAGCGAUCCAAGGAGGAAGUGGAUGGCCUCAUGGACCUUGCCUUGAAGAAGCUGGAAUCGCUGUUAAAUGAGAUGGAGAAAAUACACGAAAAAGGGCUGUGCGUACGUGUCCUUGGAAACUUGUCCUACUUGCCCGUGGAAGUCCAAAAAGUCAUUGCCGAUGUCGUCUUACAAACACAGCACAACACCAGGUGUUACCUGAACAUAUGCAUAUCCUACACGUCUCGGGAAGAAAUGUGCAACGCAAUACAAGAACUGGCUGCCGGUGUUCAAGAGGGUCUUCUGUCUCCCGAUGACGUCACAGAAGAGUCCCUUAGCCAUGCACUGUACAGCCGGAACAGCAAAGACCCUGCCCUGGUCAUUAGAACUUCGGGAGAAGUUCGCCUGAGCGACUUCCUUCUCUGGCAGAGCAGCCAUUCCGUCUUGGAGUUUGUGUCAGUACUGUGGCCAGAGUUCUCGAUAUGGCACUUGCUUGCGGCAGUUCUAUGGUACCAAAGGCAAGAAUCCCUACUUGAGCAACUGAGGCAAGAAAAUCCUAAAGAAACUUCGCAUGAAGAAUCCGGGGGCGUGAACCAAGAGGCUAUUCAGCAGUUCCUUGAGAAUGUAGAAACAAGGUGGCAGAAAAAACUGCACGCCAUGAGGCUGGGACAGACUACUCAGAAGUUAGUCAUGAACUGUGUGUAAAUAUCCUAUGGUGUGGGGUAGGAGACUACAUUCAUCAAUGUAAAAAAAUACUAUAUAUUUUUGUAAUAAACAUUUUGUUUUGCUUA